UCUUCCAUUUAGCUGAUUUUAACCUAUUCUUGAUGUAUUCAUUAUUAACAUUGCCAUGUUUUUCUUGUCUCGUUCCAGCAUCAAAUUAUUUUCCAUUACCAGUGUCAUUGCCUUGAUGUGAAGCUGUGGUAAUUUGUCUGAUCAAUUGGGAAUUCAGAAGGCUAUUAUUGCUUGUUAGAAAGACUGUUGCCAAGGUGAGUUGACUGCUGUUGUUAUCCCUUCAGGCUAAUGGUAAGAUGAUGCUAAGUGUCUGAGCGUCACUGUCUUGCUUAAGUCUUUCUUACUUAAGCUUCAUUUUCACAAUUUCCAAUAGAGGCUUUUGGUUCUUAAUUUAACUGUUGUCAUUGCAAGGUUUUUCUGAAUGUGCAUUUUAUUAUGUGAUUGUAUUAUGUGUUUAUUUAGUCUGUACCAGCUAUUCUGUCCCAUGUUUGUGAUGCUUUUCUAAAGUGCCGAUAUGAUUCAUUAACAUUUUAGUCAAGUUAUAUUAUUUAUUCAGUAAUUAUCUACAGUCAUUAAGUUCAGAGUUUUAACCUUGAAAUCUUGAUUUGUUUAUUGUACCUUCAUUAACUAUGAUUCUGUUUUCUGUUCCACUAAUUAAUGCUUCAAGCAUGUUUAUUGUCUUAAUUGGCAUGAUGGCCAUGAGUGGUUAAAUUACCUACCUUAAAAUAGUUCUCAUGUUCCAAAGUCUUAUCAUGAGUGUUGCCAAUUUAAUUUUCAUCAAUUAAUUUUAAUUAUGCUUUUCAGUUAACUGGCACACAAACCACCUCCGCCUGCCCAUGCUCUAAAGUCUUAAUUUCUAGUUCACUUUUAGCAUAACCACUCACAAAUCACACCACUUUUAUUAGUCCUUAUCCAUAGUUUGUUUUGUUUACUUCAGUCACUUGUUUUGAUAGAUUUUGUACAAGAUCCCUUAAUUAAUUUUAUAGAGAAAGUGUUUCAUUAUCCUUUCACUUAGAUAGUUACCUCUAAAUUCAUAAGCAGACAACGAGUUUGUCUCACCCGCUAGAGACACACGGUAACAGGGUGAAAUUGGCCAGAUUCAUGGGCAUGUUUGUCCAAUUCACUUGUGGCUUCUGCCAAAUUUUCCAGUUAGGACUCAUGUUAAUGCUGGCAUAUGAAGGAAUUUUUAAUAGUUAAAAAAGUGCAUGAACAUGCUGCAUGCAGCAUUAUUCAUAAUUUAUUGAAAAUAUGCUAUUUAACAGCUCCAAAUACCAAUAUCAAUGAAGUGCUAAAUUUUAAAACUUGUAUGCAAGAUUAGUUUUGUCUUUAGCAGUUAGCCUGGCACCAAGUUUAAAUUCAGUAGUGGUUCCACUGUAAGUUACUAGGUUGGAUCAAUCAUGAAGAUAUGAACCACCAUUCCAAGAAUUCCACCCUGCCUGUCACAUUUGCAUCUGUUCUUAAUUGUUAAUUACAUAGAUGUUGGAUGCAAUUUCCUUUAAAUCUAUGUGGGAAAUGUCUCCUGAGUUUAGUUGCUGCUUUGUCAUAAAUUUCAUAUCUUUUACAUAUUUUCAGGUUCAAUAAGCCAGGUCACAAUGGCAGUCAACAGUUCCUGGGACGUUCAGAAGUAUAGGUCAAGAUUUGAGCCAACCUGCCAUUGGAAGCUCAAGGAAGAGUUUAUGCUGGCUCACCAGCAGCACAUAGAAGAGGAGCAGCUUGUUUGUCUUGCCAAUGUGUACAUGAAUAUGCAAAUUUUGGGCUGCCAUUACCCUUCAAAGUUAGCAUCGCAGGUCCAGAAGCUAAGCAAGAACAUAGGAGACUCGUACAAGCAGCAGCGAGACAGUAAACUCUCUCGCUAUUUUGUCAAGGCUUCAGAUGCGGCAACCGCAAAGAUCCGGAGAACUGAUGCGCCCACAUCCAGAUCAACAGUUGAAGAUGACCAUGCUGCUCCUGUUAACUAUGAUUCAUUGGGAAAUUAUUCCAAACUGAAUCUAAAGACCAAAAAACGGGAGAAACAGAGCAGUGACACGUACCAAACAGAUGUUGAUGUGGUACAAGUAGAGCAGAAAAUAAAAAAGAAGAAAAAGGCAAAGAGUCCAAUUUUAAAGCCUGAUUGCGAUGAAAAGCUGAGCCAGGAAAUCAUUGAAGAUGUAAAUGAGACCCCUAAUAAUGAUGUUUACAAUCCGGAAUGCAAAGAAAAGGAAAAGAAGAAGAAAAAUAAGUCAUCAUCAACUGAAUGCAAUGAAAAUGAUACAGACUGUGUUGAAGUUGUUGCUGUCAUUCCCUCGACCAAAAAAACUAAAAAGACCAAUAAAUUAAAUGCUGUGAACAGUAAUUCUUCAAAUGUUCCAAGUGUUGAGGUAAAUGAGACUGCAGAGAGAAAAAGAAAAAGGAAAGCUGGGCUUGAAGAAGAGUUUGAGGAUCCCUCCAAUUCUGCUGUUGAAGUUGAAUCUCCAUCUCGAGAAACUAAAAAGAUUAAAAAGAAGAAAAGGAAAUUAGAAAUUGAAAGGAUUGAAGAUGAAAGUCCACCAAAUAAACCAAAUGGAAAACAAAAUUUAAAUUUGCAGGUGAAUUCUGAAUUACCAUUAAAUCAGGAAUUUCCACUCACCAUUCCACAGAAGAAGAAGAAAGUUCUCAUUUCUUUUCCUGAGGUUGAAAACCCUGAAUUGAAACGUGUUUUGGCAGGUAGGCCAUUACACAAGUUCUUUAGAAGACAGGACCGAGCUGCAACCUUGAUUCUGCAAUCAAUGGCAAUGAACCAGAAUGGAUCAGUUGGCUGUGGUUACCAAGUGAAGUGUGUAAGGCAUCAUAUUGCUUACGUUAACAACGUGGAAGUGGCGAGAAGGCCGUUUAGGAGUCACGAAAACAAGUCUGUGGCUUUGGAAAUGCUUGCACGUGAUGCCCUAGUGAUCAUGUCUAAGUAUUGCCCAUUGCUUUUACAAAAAAAGCGUUCUUGUGAAACUAACGUAGAAUCCGAUGAUUUGAUUGGGAAAAAAAUUGGUAAAAACUCAGGUGAAUCAGAACCCCAACUUGAUGAGGAUGAACAAUCUGCUUUGUCACGACCCAUCUCGAGCAGUAAUGUGGGUAGCCGCCUACUUCAACUCAUGGGCUGGACUGGUGGUGGCCUUGGAAAAAACGAAACUGGUCGAGUUGAUCCGGUGGAAGCUGCCAUGAGACACGGACGGUCAGGACUAGGCUUCAAAGACUCAAUUUCCCAAAUGGCAACAAAACCAAUUUUCAAGGCUAAAAUCGAGAAUCUAUUGCGCCAAUUCAAGCGAGAAUUCGAGGCAGGUUGCGCAGAAAGGGAGGAGCUUGUUUUUCCAUCGGUAUUUUCCAAAGACCAACGUGCACUUGUGCAUAGUGUUGCACAACGCCUGAGCUUGAAGUCUGUAAGCUAUGGUUCUGGUGAAGCGAGAUACUUGGUGGUAAAACCAAUGAUUACGCACCAGUGUAGGGUGCAGCAGAUACUUGAAAAUGGCGGAGAAAAUGAGCUAUAUAAGGUGUACCCAGCUGGCACUUAUGACCUCAGUGUUCUAGAUCUCCUUGACUAGCUUCAUGGAAAUCAUGUGAAUAAAAGGCUAGAAUUUGCUCAGUUGAUAAUUACUUUUGAUUUGGUUUCACACAUGUACUUGUGUUGUUGAGUUUAGUUCAUGAAUGUACAUAUUUACUACCCCUUGUCAGUCAACAGCGUUCAUAACCCAUGACCUCCUCUGCAACAGUUGCCAGCUAGGAAUUUGAAACUCCCCCCAAGUUGUAAUUCAUUUGACGUACAGGGAUCAUAUUUUUUAAAACUGGCCUUAAGCCAAUGUGUACUUGAGCCCAUGGGCUUGAGUACACUUGGGCUCAAGUACACAUGGGCUUAAGUACACAUUGGCUUAAGCACACAUUGGCUUAAGUACAUGUAGCGGCAGAUUUCUCAACUGUGAUUGGUGGGUUAAGCUUGAAAAGCCGUCAGUGAUUGGCUAAGAUGGGAAAUCUUAAUUCUUUUUGGUGGUGCCGCCCUAGGAAUUCUUAGGUAAAAAAAGUAGGGUGUAAAUUUCUUAAAAAUUGGAAACUGAAUUUUUUU